CCCUGUCAGGCAGCCUCUGUCACUUCUGCAUGGCUGCAACCCUGCCAGCGGAGAGUCGCCGCUGAGACCUGGUUGAUCCGGGACCCUGCCACGGAGCCUGCUGUGCCUCGGGCCCCCAGUUUAGCCAUGCUGGCCUGUCUGCAGAGGACCCAGAACCCACCGGGCCAACACCUGGCCUGCCCGAGCAAGAGCCUGGAGCUGCGCAAGUGUGAGACGGCGGCCAGCUCCAUGCAUUCCUCCCGCUACCCAAGCCCAGCCGAGCUGGACGCCUACGCGGAGAAGGUGGCCAACAGCCCGCUGUCCAUCAAGAUCUUCCCCACCACCAUCCGCGUGCCCCAGCACAAGCACCUCGGCCGCACCGUCAACGGCUAUGACACCUGUGGCCAGCGCUACAGCCCCUACCCGCAGCACACCGCCGGCUACCAGGGCCUGCUGGCUGUCGUCAAAGCUGCUGUCUCCUCCAGCGUGGCCGCACCCACUGGGCCCGCCAAAGGCGUGCUCAAGAGCGCCGAGGGCAAGCGGACCAAGCUGUCGCCAGCCACCGUGCAGGUGGGCGUCGCACCCUACCCGGCGCCCAGCACUCUGGGGCCCCUGGCCUAUGCCAAGGCACCCGAGGCACCCGCCCCGCCACCGGGCCUGCCCGCGGCGGCCGCCACUGCCGCCUCCGUUAUCCCCUUGCCGGGCCGGAGCCGGGCCCUGCCACCUUCCAACCUACCCUCCAUCCACAGCAUCCUUUACCAGCUCAACCAGCAGUGCCAGGCCCCAGGCGUGGCGCCCACCGCCUGCCAGGGUGUGGCCGUGCCCCUCCCCAGCCCCGCCAAGCACGGCCCGGUGCCCAGCUUCCCCAGCAUGGCCUACUCAGCUGCUGCCGGCCUGCCCGACUGCCGAAAGGGCACUGAGCUGGGCCAGGGAAGCACAGCGGCCUUGACGUUGGCUGCAGCCUCCAAGCCUGCGGGGUACAUGGACGGCGGCCUGGAUUACCUGCUAUGGCCACAGAAGCCGCCCCCACCGCCACCCCAGCCACUGCGGGCCUAUAGCGGGGGCACAGUGGCCAGCAAGUCCCCGGAGGCUUGUGGGGGGCGGGCAUACGAGCGGGCCAGUGGCUCACCCCUGAACUGCAGCGUGGGGCUGCCCGCCAGCUUCACGGUGGGUCAGUACUUCGCUGCCCCAUGGAACAGCGUGCUGGUGACUCCCACCAGCGACUGCUACAACUCCGCAGCAGUGGCGGUCUCUGAGCUGGGGCCCGGGGGUGCCCGGGAGCUGCCAGGCCCCCCGGCGGAGGCCCUCUCAGGCCUGCCCAGCAAGAGCGCCUGCAACACGGCGGUGCUGAGCAGCAGCCUGCAGUCGCUGGAGUAUCUCAUCAAUGACAUCCGGCCGCCCUGCAUCAAGGAGCAGAUGCUGGGCAAGGGCUACGAGACGGUGGCCGUGCCCCGGCUGCUUGACCACCAGCACGCCCACAUCCGCCUCCCCGUCUACAGAUAAGGCCUGCCUUGUGGACAGAG